AUGAUGAAGAAUAACCAGAGUAGCACAUCUGAGUUCAUCCUCCUGGGACUCCCCAUCCAGCCAGAAGAUCAAGACAUGUACUCUGCCCUGUUCCUGGCCAUGUACCUGACCACAGUGCUGGGGAACCUGCUCAUCAUCCUGCUCAUCAGGCUGGACUCUCACCUCCACACCCCCAUGUACUUCUUCCUCAGCCACUUGGCCUUCACAGACAUCUCUUUCUCGUCAGUCACAGUUCCAAAGAUGCUCAUGAAUAUGCUGACACACAGUCAGUCCAUCUCAUAUGCUGGGUGUGUUUCCCAGGUAUAUUUUUUCUUAUUGUUUGGGUGUGUUGACAACUUCCUUCUGACCUCCAUGGCCUACGACAGGUAUGUGGCCAUCUGUCACCCUCUGCACUACACCACCAUCAUGAGGCAGAGCCUCUGUGUUCUGCUAGUGAUAGUGUCCUGGGUAUUUUCCUCCACCAAUGGCCUUGUGCACACUCUUUUCUUUGCUCGAUUGCUGCUCAUGGACAACCAAUCCAGCAUCUCAGAGUUUUACCUGCGAGGAAUAUCAGGGUUUCCAGAGCAACGGUGGCUACUCUAUGGGAUGUUCCUGUGUAUGUAUCUUGUCACCUUGACUGGGAAUGUGCUCAUCAUCCUGGCCAUUGGCUCUGACCCACACCUCCACACUCCUAUGUACUUCUUUUUGGCCAACCUGUCCUUUGCUGACAUGGGUUUAAUAUCAUCUACAGUGACCAAGAUGUUGUUUAAUGCUCAGACUCAGCGCCAUACCAUCUCAUAUACUGGUUGUCUCAUCCAGAUGUAUUUCUUCCUGAUGUUUGGUGAUCUAGACAGUUUCUUCCUGGCUGUGAUGGCCUAUGACCGCUAUGUGGCCAUCUGUCGCCCUCUCCAUUAUUCCACAACCAUGGAUACCCAGUUCUGUGCCCUGAUGCUUGCCCUGUGCUGGGUCCUCACCAACGUAGUUGCUCUGACUCACACUCUCCUCAUGGCUCGACUGUCCUUCUGUGUUGUUGGGGAAAUAGCUCACUUUUUCUGUGACCUUAUUCCUGUUCUGAAGCUAUCAUGCUCUGACACAUAUGUCAAUGAGCUAAUGAUUUCUGUCUUAGGAGGCACAGUACUCAUGGUCCCCUUUCUAUGCAUUGUCAUCUCCUAUGUCCAUAUUGUAUUUGCCAUCCUGAGGGUUAGAACCCCUGGUGGGGGUACAAAGGCCUUUUCUACCUGUAGUUCCCACCUCUGUGUGGUCUGUUUUUUCUAUGGGACGUUGUUCAGUGCCUACUUGUGCCCACCUUCUAUAGUCUCAGUAGAAAAGGACAUUGUAGCUGCUGCAAUGUAUACAGUAGUGACUCCCAUGUUGAACCCUUUCAUCUAUAGCCUAAGAAACAAGGACAUGAAAGAGGCUCUAAGGAAGCUCCUCUGUCAGAGGCAAAUUUUCUCUUCCUAA